AGAGAGAGAAAGAAUCAAGCACACAUAGUGAUAGCGCGCACAUCCACACAUUCGAGAAAGAAACAGCCAGGUCUCAUCAAACAAAACUGAAGCUUCCCACAAAGCAGGUAGCAAUGGCGGCAGUGUCCAAGAAGGCUCUGGUAGCUACGGCUGUUCUGGCGUUGGCCGUUCUGGCCCCGCCUGUCGCCGGGCUGGUGCCGUACGGUGUCAGCAGCGGGCUGUGGGACCUGCUCGACGACCCGUUCCGGGUACUGGAGCAGGCACCGCUCGCGGUGCAGAGGCCGGCGUCCGCAGGCGACCCGGCAGCGUCCGUCUCUUCGCCGAUGGCGCUGGCGAGGUGCGACUGGAAGGAGACACCCGACGCGCACGUCAUCUCGCUCGACGUGCCCGGCGUGAGGCGGGACGACGUGAAGGUGGAGGUGGAGGAGAACCGGGUGCUGCGCGUCUCCGGCGAGCGCAAGGCGGACGAGGAGAAGGAGGGCGAGCGGUGGCACCGCGCCGAGCGCGCGGCGGGGAGGUUCUGGCGCCGGUUCCGCAUGCCUGCCGGCGCCGACGUCGAACGUGUUACCGCGCGCCUCGAGGACGGCGUGCUCACCGUCACAGUGCCCAAGAUCGCCGAGCACCAAAGGCGGGAGCCGCGCGUCAUCAACAUCGCCGGGGAGGCCUCCAACAACGGAGGCAAGGGCGCGGGCGCGGGCGCGGAGGUCACGUCGUCAAAGAGCGAGAUGUGAGCUUUCGUGUAGGAGAUCACUACGAGAGCGAUGCGUUGCGUUUGGACGUGUUGUUGUCGGUUCAUGCUUACCUUUGCAUGUGUGGUACUGGAGUAAUUAAGUGUGAUGGUGGUGCUCUCAGGUAACCUAAGUUACCGAUAGAGCUGUUGUGUCUUGUUCAGUUGGAUCUUUUGCACCUUGAUCAGUCACAUUUGCAAAAAUAUACUCCAUUUUUA